AUGGUCCUUGCUCCUUUGAAGGCUUCUGCACUCACAGCAGGUCCAGCAGCUUGUGCUAAUCUGACCAAUUAUCUGGGUAGCUCAAAGGUAAACAGCAAUCAACUGAGUUUACAGUACAUCAAUACCCGCGAAGACUAUUGGAAUGCGGUGCAAAGCAACUAUGCUCCAUCUUGUAUAAUCUAUCCAAGCUCUGCUCAGGACGUUUCGGUUGCGUUACAAGGGAUCCGUGCUGCCAGGAGCCGCUUUGCUAUUAAAGCCGGAGGCCACAACCCGAAUACAUAUUUUUCAUCCGUGGAUGCAGGUGUUCUCAUAGAUCUUGGUAGUAUGACAGACAUGUUGUACGACAGCGAGACGACACUUGCAACGUACGAACCAGGUAGCGAUUUCGGCCACUUGUACAAUUAUUACGUCCAGUUUAAUCGUACCGUGGUAGGUGCGAGAUUGGCAGGAGUCGGUACAGGGCUUGCUCUUGGUGGUGGUUUGAGCUUUCUAUCACCACAGUAUGGAAUGGCCUGCGAUGGCUUCCGAGAGUUAGAAGUUGUUCUCCCAAGUGGAGAAAUCGUCACGGCAUCUAACACAAACAACCCUGACCUUUUCUUUGCUAUGCGUGGUGGUGGCGGCAAUGCAUAUGGUGUAGUUACAAAGUACACUGUUCAAAGCCGUCAGAUAGGCGAGUUUUAUGCCGGCAACAUCAUCUAUCUUUUCAACCAAACCACUGCAGUUGCCGAGGCAAUCCAGAAUUUCAUCCAGUAUAAUGAUAACCCAAAAGCAAGCAUAAUAGGCACAUAUGAAAUGCUUCCAACACCAAGCCUUGGCCUUGACUUGGACCGAGCUGUCAUCAUGUUCCUUGUCCAUGAUGGGCCAGAUGCAGGAGAUGUGUUUCAGAAUUUCACCAAGAUCCCCAGCCUUAUCAAUACGUUGGGGAUCAAAACUUAUCCAGAGGUAGCCAAUAUGCCAAUCUCUAUGGAAACUGAGCUCUCCCGUGGCGAUAACAUUUUUCGCGUUGGCGUCCAUCGCAUUGGUGAUGGAAGUUACAUGACUGCGUUGAAUAAUUGGUUUAAUUGGGCAGAAAGUAACAAAGGUAGCUACGUUCUCAGUUCAAUCGACUUCCAGCCGAUCCCAAGAAGCUUGACCGAUGCAAGCAAAUCUCAAGGAGGCAACGCAAUGCAAAUGCCUGACGGACCCUGGUUCUGGGUUAAUUAUCUUAUUUCAACACCGCCUGGAAUGUCUCAAGAAGACUACAAUGCAGCGCAAGCUAGUUUCCGCGAACUGGUCGCUAACACGACAAACGCCGAAGGCUUGCCUCUUUUCAUUAACGAUGCUAGCUAUGACCAAAAUCCUCUGUCGACCUUUUCAACAUACUCAAAGUUGCAGGGAAUCAAGAAAAAAUAUGAUCCGGAUAAUUUCUUUGCGGAUUACACGGGAGGAUGGUCAUUCGAGUGA